GUUCCUAACCUAAAAUCUAGUAUGGAAGUUUUUAUCAAAGUUUGAAGUGAAUGAUUGUACCGCAAUUUUUUUUUUUAAUUUUUGAAGGAGAAUAUUACUGUCAGUGACUCAAAAAUGGACAUUACAAACUUUAUCAUAAACCAGGCCAAAGAGACUUUAACGGAGGCAGAACCCGCCGAAGAUGUCAAUCCAAAUAAAAAAGUUCCUGCUUCACCCGAAGGAAUGGCCAUAGCUUAUGUCAGUCUACUCAUUAUGGCAAUAUUCCCUAUAUUCUUUGGAUCUUUCAGGUCCGUCAAACAUCACGAAUCUAAAAAGGCGAGCGGUGAGACUCCAGAACUGAUGUCGAAGAAAGAUGCUUUGGUUUUCCCUUUGAUUGCGAGCGCUGCUCUCUUGGGACUCUAUAUUUUUUUCAAAAUAUUUUCUAUGGAUAAUCUAAAUGUUCUGAUAACAGGGUAUUUCUUCUGUCUUGGUGUUUUUGCUCUCUGUCACCUUCUUAGUCCCCUGAUUUCUUCAUUAGUUCCAUCUGGGAUUCCUAACACAAGGUUUCAGCUCACGUUUAAGGAGGACGAUGAAGAUGUAAUUGAUUAUAAAUUCUGUGCGCAUGAUAUCGUUUGUCUGCUAUGCUGCUCUGCUUUUGGAUCUUGGUAUAUCUUCCAGAAGCAUUGGAUAGCAAACAAUUUAAUUGGACUAGCAUUCGCAAUUAAUGGAGUUGAACUACUUCACAUUAAUAAUGUUAUGACAAGUUGCAUUUUGCUCUGUGGUUUAUUCCUGUAUGAUAUAUUUUGGGUGUUCGGCACGAAUGUGAUGGUUACUGUCGCAAGGUCAUUCAACGCCCCAAUAAAAUUGGUCUUCCCCCAAGACUUACUAGAAAGAGGCAUUUCAGGCAGCAACUUUGCCAUGCUUGGAUUGGGUGAUAUUGUGCUUCCUGGUAUAUUUAUUGCACUGCUCCUUAGAUUCGACAAAAGUCUGAACAGAAAAUCUCAUUUUUACUUCAACGCCACCAUGUUGGCAUACUUCGUGGGACUUCUUGUUACCGUAGGUGUAAUGCACACGUUCAACCACGCUCAGCCAGCAUUGCUGUAUUUAGUUCCUGCCUGUCUUGGAACUCCACUAUUCUUAGCAUUAAUCAGAGGAGAUUUCUCUGCACUCAUAGCAUACUCAGAUUAUCCUACAGAAGAAAAGGAAGCUAGUGAGAAAGAAGUUACUACGAAAAGCAGCGAAACAAAAUCGUCAAAACAAACUAAAAAUACUGAUGGUUCCAAGAGCAAAACAAAUUAGUGUUAAAUGUGGACAAAGCUACCACAGGAUAAUGGUGUGCUCUACUCUGCUUACACAAUAUAUACUAUAAAAAAUAGCACAUUUCUGAAUGACGCACACCUUAUGUUUCCAAUACCCUCAUGAACAAAACUACCUGCAUCGAAAGUUCAUUUUUGCCUAGUAUUUUUUCUAUACUUUUCUUGCAUUCACCCUUCCUUUCCUAGAAUAAAUCUUCCGUAGUAUGUUCGUAUCUUUCUCCAUCGUUGAAGAUGACAGUCGUUAUUUUGUGGUUGACCAACCUUUUUUCCCGCCUCGCCAAUUCUGUAAUGUACGUAUUCUCUCUUGAUUUAUUCGGCUUUUAUGUUCCUCUUCCUUUUUCUUCAUCUCUGACGUUAGAAGUCAAAAUUAUUGUGCUUAAGGGCUUCCAAAUUUUUUCGUUUCCAAUAUUUAGUUUUGUUCUUUAUGAAAAAUUUCUCACCUCAAUUCAUAAACAACUUAAUUUCAGGUAUGUUAUUGUGAAAAUUUCUUGAAUUAUUGUUUUAAUUGUUUUGUACUCUUUGCUGUUCGCUCGUUCUGAGUAUUGAGACUCUAUCAUCGACUAAGUAUCAUCUAAUUUUGUUUUGAUUAGCGUCAAAGCCUCUGUGAUUGAUACAACUACACUUAAUAGGAUUCUGUAUAGAUUUUCUGCAAGAAUCCUUUUGAAGAUAAGUUCUAUGUAAACUAAUUUCUAGAGUUCUGCUAGUCUGAACAGGUCUAAACAGGUUGGGAACAAGAAAUGUCAAGGAGGGCAGUCUUGUAUUUUAUUGUUCAUUUAUUAGUUCUACUCUCUUUCAAGAAAAAUUCAGUUUCAUAUUCUGCCUUGCCCUUACAUGUCCUAUUACGUAUGUCAAGAGACUUGUCAGUUACAAGUUUUUUUAGUUUUUAUUUCAGUCGACACUCCAAUUUUUUUUUCUUUUUUUUUGUAUUUUUAAGAAGAUUUUUGUUCACCCCUUUUUUCUGCCGUGAAUUAUUAUGGUUUGAUUUAUCAAAACAACGUCAAGAUUUAAUGCAGGAUUUUCAGUCAAGUACUUAAUAUUUGAAUAGUGAUAUGUAUUAGGUAAAUUGAUAUGACAUGGACUGUUUUCAUUAGUUUAGUCAAGGAGUCUUUGCAAAGAAGUUGCAAAUUUGCAUAUUGGUGAUGAGACUUGAAAAGUUUGCAUCUCAAUUGGAGUCUUUCAAAAUUUUGGCUCUUAUUUUACUUUUGCAUUGGAGUAUUACCUGUUUGUAAUAAUUAUAAUAUUCUCAUAGACAAAUAAGAGUUAAAAAAAAAAAAAAAAAGUAACUCAAAAGUUUCUUAUCAUCAGAUUCAGAUCCAGCUCUGUUAUGAAAAUGUAUGGAAAGCUCUCAAACAGAAAAUUCUCCACUGUUUACAGACAUAGGCACAAGCACUAUAGGAUAUUGUAAAUUAAAAAGAUUUGACUUAAAUCAGUCAAACUACGCUCAAUUAUUGCCUAAUUUUCUCCAGUGUUUCAGUUGUCAAGCAGAAAACAAAACAAUCUGAAACUUGAAAUUUUGUGAGCAUGUUCUUCAUAAUCCAGGGUAAAUUCAUAGAAAUUUUUAAAGAUGUUAAGCACUUUAGUUCUCAGUUCAAGGGUUAUAGCGCAAGAGAAAAUUAGGUAACAUGAAAUUCAGGAAGGCUGAUUUUGUUCAAUGAUCAUCUAUUGAAUUAAAUAAAUACUUUUUUGUGGGUACCUAAUCGAAAAUUUGUCAACUGAAACUUUAAGUUUACAAAUUAAGAGAUGAAAGUUCAAUAGAAAGAUGUAUGUUGUCCAAAACUAACUAAAAAAUUGUUUUAUACAUGAUUCAAUGUAACCAAUGAAAAAAUAUUGAUCCCAGCAAUAAAUUGGGGCUAGUCUUUUUACACAAAUUCCCAUGAAAUGUGCAAGUCAUGAUGUGAAUUUUACGCUGGUUUUUCUUGUUGAUUUCUUUUCUCCUCUUAAUUUGUUGAUAAUCCUGCUAUAUUUUUUUAUCUUCAGACGUUGUAAUCAUGGUAACUUUAAAACGCGAAUCAUUGGUAGAUUUAGACUAUAAUUUAUACCAACAACUAGAUGAAUUUUAAUUUUGAAUUAUUUUAUUUUUAUACAGUUUGUCUUUUAUAAAAACUUCACUUUAUAUUUUUCAUUACGGUCUUUUUUCUGAUUUUGUAGGGAUGCUUUUACUUUAUAAUCUCUUUUGUUACGCACUUGAGGCGCUGAAUGCAAGAGGGGCAUUUCUCGGUUUCGGUGUUUCAGAAUGUCCGUUGCGAAUUCAUGUCUUAGAGAAGAAUGUAAUGGGGGAUUUUCUCAGACUUUUCUCUUAAGAAAACUGCAGAAUCCGGAACAAUAUUUGGUAAAAUUUCUGUAAAAUGUAUGCAUUCACUCUCCUUACAAUGAACAAAAUAUUAGAGAAGAUUUUAAAACACUGCCAGUAAGAAAAGCCCAUCUUGCAUUAAGUGCUUCAACCACUGCGAUUGCCUUUGAUGAGGCCCAAAUCUACGCAACAUUUUUGGAGAAGUCAUUAAAUUGAGAAUUGGUGGCUUUCAGAAUGUUUCUGGCAUUUAGAUAAAUUGUAAUCAGUCAUAAAAUAAUUUUUUACGAUCCCCAUUGAAAAUUUCUUCGGCAGGCCAAAAAUAUAGAGUGGCUACUGUAAUAAAUUGAAUUAUCUAGAGCCUAAGAUGUAGUUAAGUGUAAACUAGAAUCUUUUUUCUUUUUCCGUUUUUUAUAACUCAAUUUUUCUACAUAAUUGCACCUAAGUUUAUCCCUUCCUUCCAAGGUUAUUUGCAAGAAUUAUUACUAGGAACUCCAUUCAGGAGCUAUUUGCUAAUCCUAAAUUUCUAUAUGUUAUUAAGCUGAAUUGGACGGAUUCAACCAAAAUGAGCUUAGUUGUAUAAGACGUUUCCUAAGCACCCCUCAUGCUUAAUUUUUUCAAUAGAAAACCAAUCAACAUUCUGACAUGAGAAUUUGUGAGUAUAUUCCUUACAUUCCUGGGAAAAUACAUGGGAAGUUUUCAGGCAUUAUGUUGCUUGGUUCUUAGUAAAAAAAUUAAAACUUGAGUGGAAAUUAGGAAACAUGAAAUGCAGUUAGGUUGAUUCUGCUUAAAUCCGUACAGUUGGUAGUCAUAAAACUAUUUUAGUAAUUUUUUUGUUUUCGCUUUCAACUGAGCUCUCCUUGAUGAAAUCCAAAUGUAAUUUUAAAAGAGACAGCAAUAAAAAAUCACUGAAAAUAUCUACAAGAUCAUUUGACAGGAAAAUAGUGAUUUUGCCAUCGUUUGCUAAAAUUUAAUACAAUAAUACAAAUCCAAUGAUAGAGGUAGAAAGUCAUCUGAGCGCAGUUUUUCCUGAUUGAGAAAUGAUGUUUUGUGCAACAUAAGUUACGAUCAAUCAGUUUUAUAUUUAAUUUUAGUGUUUGAUGGUAGAAUCUCCAUUUUAUUUUUGUUGACCAUUCUAUUGCAUCAAAUCGUAGUUAUUCAUAGUUGAAACUACUUGAGUUCAGACGAAACCACACCUAAACGAGGCAAAGUCUGUGCAUAAGAAUGGUUAAGCACCCGAGACACUUGUUUCCAUAACCUUCAAUUCUUCCAUUUAGACCUAAAUUUUGGAAGUUUAAAUUACUCUUUGUACUUGUUUGGAACCCUCUUUUAUUUUGACUUUCUACAUAUGUGAAAAACAGCCUUUGAAAAGCGAUAAAGCUGGUUUUGUUUUGCUUUGAAAAAAUCAGCACAAACGGAAAUUUUGAAUUGCUGCAAUUUAGUCAUGCACUCUCUAAGUUUAGCCAUUGGUAACUUUCAUGAAUCCAGUUCAUCGAUGGCAAAGUGUGAAGGGCAAAAAACUAGUUCAAAGUAUUAUAUUUGAAGGGGAAAAUCAUGGAAGCUUGCACAUUGAAGUUGCAACUCAGAAUAUGAUAAUUUACUACUUGUUGCAAGAUUUGGCGAUUUGUGUAUGAACGGUGAAAUGACAGGAACGCAUUUCUUGUUUGCAGUGUUCCAACCUCUCCACUCCCAUUUUAUUUUACCAAAGCAAACAGACCAAUGCUAUUGCUUGAAAUUUUCAUGUGUUAUUCUUCACUCAAAGAAGAAAAAUCAGAGACAUUUUUAAAAAAUGAUGUUGAAUAUUUUUCCAUUUAGAAAAUGAGGUUUGAUAGGAAAUUUGCUACAUUGCAAAUGAAGACAUGCGUUCUUGCAGUUUCAUCAUUGAUAUGGUGUCUGCUUCUAUCAGAAUCUCUAGAUUGAUUUCUUAUUGCUGUCUCCUUUAAGAGCCUGUAUCUGUUAAAGUUUAUAUCUUGUGAAACUUUAGUGCAAUUUUAGUGGUAUGUAUUAUUUCAUCCUUUUUUAUGACUCCUACCCUACCCCAAUUAUUUUGACUAGGUAAUCACAAAGAGAAGGACUAUUCAUGACUCAUGGGGAAAAAAUUUUCCUUUUGUUUUUCAACAGAUGUAAAUAUUAUUUACCUACCUACCUAUGUUGAACAUUUUAUUGAUUGUUGCAGAUCUCAAACAAUCAUUUCUAAUAAAUUUGUGUUGAUUGUA